AUGGGGCAGACUCAAAGUCAAGAGUCUGGGUCUACCUCACCCCCAAAAUCUGAUCCUGAAGACGAAGACUUUGACAUCUCUCAGAUUCCCGACGACCGAGACCAAGCUUCGCGCCCCAACUCCCAUGUUGAACCUGAUCGCAAUCUGCAACCUGCUUUCGAUGAGUCCACAAGUAUGGCAAAACGAUCCGAUCGCAAACACGGCGCCCGGGCUUUGGCGGUGAGACAGGGCGUCGAUAAGCCAAGGAGGGAAUCCAAGAACCGCAGGCGCCGGAGGCGGCUCUCGAAGAACCACACCAGUGACGACGCAACCAACGGGGUUACAAAACGUCCCUCCCCCCCUUUCAGACACUCCAGGGACGCAAGUCCAAACUAUCGACCCUUGCAAGAUACGGAGCCUGAAACCUAUCACAUCUAUGCGGUAUCAGAUUCAAGCGAUGUAGACAUUGCGAAAAGGCUUGAGCGGCAUCUUGGCAACACUACAUUUACUGCGCUCAAUCAAGCAAGUCAGAAGAAUGCUGCUUCAAUGUCAUACGCGCGUCCCGACCGUGUGCAUGAAGACAAUCUGGCUUCCCAGCAGGCUGAGACCAUCCACACAAAUCUUGCCGCUGAGGUUGCCGUUGCUGCAGGGACCAAAGCGAGAGAUGGAGAGGAUUUGAGCCCGCCAGCCAUAGAGGUACCACAGCUCAAGAUGAACGACAAAGCCCGGUUUCCAUGUCCUUUGGCGACCGUCCACAACUGCGAAUCGACCUUCAGCUCAAGAAAGGCAGCCACAAGACACGCCAAGGUUCACACGACGAGUUUCCGGUGUGUCGUCUGCGGCAAACAGAUGAGUCGAAAAGAUAGCCUGGAUAAUCAUAUGAAGCUGCACAGUGCCAAGGAGAUAGCAUCUGCUGAAGCCUUCUCAACCCCCAAUGACGAUCCACAAGUCGAGAUACCUGAGCAACAAGAAUCUGCACCGCCCAAGGUGUCAAACGAUGCCCAUAUUCAGGUUGAAGACGGGGAGCCGCCAGAAGAGGAUCCAAUAGAAUUCACGACUCCUCGCGAGCAACCGGAGCCUUGGGAUCAUGACCACAACCUCGAAGCAGAGAUGCAGCCAGAUGGACAGGACGAACUGGAGAUCGAGAUGAAUGAGGCUACACCUGACGCCGACACCGCCGACGAUGUUUCCGACAAGCAGUCCACCUCCCCGUCUAGCGUCUUCGAUGAAAAAGAGGAUAUAAUUGUGAAAGACACUCCGAUGCCGAAAGGGAAUCUCAAACGCAAGCGGAAUUCGGGAGAUGAUCCCCAACGACCGAGCCCAGAAAGGAUCCGCAAACGCAGGAAGGGAUCGCCUGACUCUCCGCCGCCUUCUGUCCCACCAAACGAACUGGGCGAUUUAAUUUCCUCGAAAAAGUCAGGGGCCGCGGACGUCCUACAAAGUCGGCAAAUCACGGACAAGAUUGUGCCACGGCUGCAGAAAAGACAGGGAAGGGUGGAUGGCUGGGCUCAAAAAUACACACCAGGUUCGAACCUCAGGCACCCCACCCUCAAUCCGAAAUCACCGCCAUCCAGCUCAGUCAAACAACUACUUGAAGUAGUCGUUCCACGAACGGGCGAAGCAGGUUCUUCUAGCAUGAAGUUGAAGAAGAAGGACUACACGCUGGCCGGCCGUGAGCGCACUGGAUUGCAUGUCUUUGAAGGGCUCAGUCGGAAGGAAGUAAGAAACACCCCUUACACGACGCCAAAGGGCAAAAACCGAGCAGAGCCUGGUGUAGAUUAUUCAACUCCGAUGAAGGAAUCUGCCCAGAUUGAGGCUCAUAUAUCUGAAAGCGAUAGCGACAGUGAACCUGCCGACAUUGCAACAUCUGUCGCCAAGAGGUCGUUUCCUGCGUCAAGGGCACAAGAACAAGAUCAGGAGGACAACAAUGAGUCGGACCUUGCUGCGGAUCAACAUACCGAUACCGACAGCGAUGUGAGCGAUGCAGAAUCGGCCAAGAGAGCCCGCCGAGUUACCGAAGCUCCGAAAUCUGAACGACCCGGCAAUGGAGAUUCGGCCGAGUGUCCCAGGUGUCAUCGAAGAUAUGCGAACCAGACCCAACUAAAUAAACACUUGAAGAUGCCUUCUGCGCACGUGCACUUGCUUCGGUGCCAAGAUUGCUCGGAGCAGUUCUGGGCUGCUUCUGCACUCGCCGAACACGAAAAGGACGUGGGCCACGGCAAGGGUACCGGCUUGCAAGGACGCACAGGCGCCUUCAGUCAGGCCGAGGCCAACAAGCUGAACAAGUGGAGAGAUCGGUUUUGCGCGUACCACAACAUCAGCCGGAUUCAAUUUAACGACAUGAUGACCGAUACCUUGGCACGGGGCAAGGGAAGCAGUUGGAACUGGCCGUUCAUCACGCGAGCAGAGUUUCUAAAAGAGUACAUGGAUGUUCUCCCAGAUCGGAACAAACGAUCGUUGCUGCGCUAUCGUGAGCGACACUUUCAGAAUGUGGAGGGAUCGAGGAACUGGACGGCUGAAGAUGACCAGGACCUGAUUCGAUUGCACAAAGAGCUCGGGCCAAAAUGGGCUGAGAUUGCAAGAAGGCUGACGAGGACCGUCGAUGCAGUCAGUCAACGAUGGUGGCAUAAAUUACGAUACGGCGAGGUGGAUACUGGUGAGUGGUCCAAAGCGGAGGACGUCAAGCUCAGCCAGAUUUUGGAUGAGUUACGGCACGACUCAACGGGGAACGAAGUGCAGGAUCACCGCAUCCCGUGGAACAAGGUCAGUGAGAGAAUGGGCACACGGUCCGCACAGCAGUGCUCCAACCAUUAUCGCGCUCGGCAUUCACGAAAGGAACGGGGGAGGUGGGUCAAGGUUGAUGCGUUGGAGAAACGUCCCGGGUCGAGUCGGGUUCUGAAGCCGUCGAAGAUGGUGUUGAGGCUAAGUGGAGAGGCGCCGAGAACAAGAACCCCGAACAAAGGCCUCUCGGAAAAGUAUGUUGUCGAUGACGACGAGGAUAGUGAUGAAGGUGCGGGAGAAGGUCAGGGUCAAGCUGAUGGCGAAGCUGCCGCGGACGACAAGUUGGCACAGAAUGCUCUGAACGAGAACGCUAGCAGCGAGCAUGAGUUCAACUCUGAAGCAGACAGCGAGGAUGAGGAGAGAGUGCUGCGCUCGUCGGCCGAAGAUGGAUCCCCGGCCAGUGAAAUUCCUCGCACCGGGAUUCCGCUGAUCACAAAGACGCCUGGUAAGACUCUUGGGUCUAGCCAACUCUUUGAGCAAACCCAGGCCAAUACUUCGGCGCUGAAGCCUUCGCAAACGAGCAGCCUGAAGGCAAUACUCCAGGGCAGCCAGGAACGACCAUCGCCGAACAUCCCCAUCCAGCGACGACGACUGGAAUCGAGGUCUCCUUUGAAGGAGAUCCCUGUGAUGGAGAAUGGCGACUUCGUCCUUGAUGAGGAGAAGCACGAAGAGGAGGAGAGCGACAGCGAAAGCAGAACGAAUGAUGAUGGAGAAUCGGAUGACCUAGACGCGGCUCAGCAAACUGAUGAGGAGCAAGACGGUACUUCUGAGGGUUCCGCGGACGGAGAUGACGACGUACUGGCAGAACAGGUUGUCGAUGCUCAAGCGGCAGAAACCGAAGAUGACGACGAUGACGAUAAUACUAAUGACGAUGACUCUGCACGUACGGACGAGGACACGGAUGAGGACGACGGAAACAAUGUUGAUGAGGAUUCACCCCGUGAAUAUGAAGACGACGAAGACAAUGAAGAUUCAGCGAUGUCCCUUGAAAAGGAGUCAAGUUUCAUGGGCAGCAUCAACGAGUCUGCGAAACGGGCAAGGAUACGCAGCAGCCAGACUUCGAUUGGGAGACCAGUUCCCGGCAUGGGGCACCGUGAUCGACGAAGAUCACACCAGUUCGACCAGGGGGAUGAUAGCGAAGAGGAGCAAUGA